AUGGCCUCACCAGAGGUCUCAAACCGCCGCGCGCGCCCGCAGAGCACGCCGCAGGCUUUGCCGCAGGGCCAGGCCGAGUCGGGACACGUAUCUCUCGACACGCGCACCGCUAACGCGCCUGAGCCGGCUGGCCGCGGAAGGUACUCCAGCCUCCCGGCCCUGGCCAUCAAAACACUGCAGCAGGAGUUGGAAAACGUGGAAACAGUCGGCAGCUGGCUCGAAGAGGUCUUUGCAGCCAAGCUCGAAAGUUUACAGGCCCCGGAGGACGCCGCGCUUAGGAGAAUUGUUCUUGAACUUGACGACGUGAUCAGCGGCUGGUUCCUCAGUCGCACCCUCCCUGAAAAAGAGCGUUCGCGCUCCCCGUCGCGUUCGCCGACCAGUUCCAGCGAAAGGCGCAGCAUUUUAAUUACGAGGACGGGCACGGCGUCGUCGGCCUCUAAAGGCAGAGGCACGCCCACUAACAAAUCGGUCACAUGGGCCGAGCGAGCCGCCACGCCACCAGCGGCGGCCCCAACGCAAAUUUUAACCCCGGCCACGCGCUCGUACCCGAUACGUACGACGCCCGGCAAUGCACCUGACAGCUCCGCAACUCCCUCCCAAUCGGGCCGGGACCGCUCCCAAGCCCCGAAACGUUUGACAGAACAGCCGUCCAACCGCAUCCUGAUCCGCGUAAAUGACAAAUUGCGGAUGGUGACGAGGGAGCCAUACGCGGUAACGACCAAACUGGCCGAAUUGGUCUCGGUGCCACACAGUGAAAUCCCAAACGCCAAGCGUACCCCCACGGGCUGGGGUGUUACGGUGGCCUCUGAGGAAACACGGCAAAAACUCCUCAACCCCAGCGCGGUCAAGGCCAUUAUGGACGCAUUGGACGCGCGGGAAGUCACUGUCCCGACAACCUGGCACACAUACGCCGUUUCUGGAGUGCCCCGAACGCUCAAUUGCCUGGACGGAAGAAAGGACGUACAUGAGGUAAUCCAGGAGGAGAUUACCGUGGCAGCAGGCCAGCAGCCAGUCAACUGGCAUAUUUCCAAACAUGGUUACGACCCACAUACGGCUGAGGGCACGUGGAUAGUGUCCUUCCUUCAACCCGUAAAGCCCUUUCAGCUUUUUGGAGUGUCGAAACGUGCGCGGAAGGUUGAAAAAUCACGCAAAAUUACACACCACCACGACGGUUGCCAGGGAUAUUGCGAAAUACGUCGCUGCGUACGGCAAGCGCGUUGCGGCAUAUGUGGUGAAGCAAAACAUGCGACAGAGGAAGAGCCGUGCAAGGCAGCCCCCAAAUGCGUUAACUGCCACGGCCAUUUCCCAUCCGGACAUGAGAACUGCCCUGCCCGACCUUUGGUGGUAAAUGGGAAGCUUGAACGACCUUCACAGCGUAAACUAAAGGGGAUCCGCAGAAUCGGACGUGCCAACCGUGCCGCGAUUAUCAACGACCGGGCUGAGGCGGCCCGCCGAGAGCCAGCACCUGCAAUCCCGGUCCUAAGCACCUCAUCGCAGCAUUCGCAAACCUCGAGCUCCCGAUCGAGCAUUUCAAACAAAAGAGCGCGGCCAUGCGAGGCGGCAGGGGCGGACAUCCGUAACUUCCUGCAGGUUGAACAGGAACGCGUGCACGACGAAAUCGUUUGGGCAGCCGAAAUGGAGGAGGACGCAGCGGCUGCCGAACCUUGCCCCGCUGAUGUGAUAGACUUGGAAGCAAGCCGUCGAUUAAUAUGACGAAAAACUCGCUCGGCAACAUGCAGCGGGAACGCCUCGACGUAGUUUGGGCCAACGUAGGCAAAAGGAUAAGUGUGCAUCUGAGCCUGUUGGAGUUAUGCCACCAGAGAGAAGUGGACCUGGUUAACGUCCAAGAGCCAUGGUGCGGGCUAAAGACGACUACACAAACGCACCCGGGCUAUGAUGUUUUUGCGCCAGUGGACGAAUGGCACGCCAACACUUACGAAGCCAUGACUGGGCUCCGGCCCCGGGUGCUCACCUACGUCAAGAAGGGGGCAGCCCUAAGGGCCGCACAACGACGGCUACCGCAGGGCCAAAAUACGCGGGACAUACUCUGGCUCGAAAUUAACGGAAUACUGUUUGUUAACGUAUAUAGGGCUCCGGGCACUGAAGCCGCGCUGGAAAUGGUAUGCAAUACCGUGCCAAAUGGAC